UCCCGCUCCCCGCCGGGCCCCUCCCAGCCCCGCGUCUCUCUAAACCUGCAGCCUCAGUGGGCGAGGGAGGGGAGGACGUCAUCGACGCGCGGUCGAGCCUCCAGCCCGCCCCUCGAGCGUCUUCCCUUCCCUCCCUCCGCGUCGACGCGGCCGGGCCCGGCAGCGCUCCCACACCCUCACGCGCGCGCCCCAACCCGUCGCCUCCUCCACGCCCGGCCUGGAACAUGGCGGCCCUCAAACUCCUCUCCGCCCGGUCCCCGCUCUGCGCCUCCGCCCGCCUCACCGGGGGCGUCUGGUCCAAGGGAUGUGUUUGCUACUUUUCAACCAGCACGCGUCACCACACCAAAUUCUAUACAGAUCCAGUGGAAGCUGUAAAAGACAUCCCUGAUGGCGCAACAAUACUGGUUGGUGGUUUUGGGUUAUGUGGAAUUCCAGAGAAUCUUAUAGGAGCCUUGCUGAAGACUGGAGUGAAAGGCCUGACUGCAGUCAGCAACAAUGCCGGGGUUGACAACUUUGGGCUGGGCCUUUUGCUUCGAUCCAAGCAGAUAAAACGCAUGGUCUCUUCAUACGUGGGAGAAAAUGCAGAAUUUGAACGACAGUACUUAAGUGGUGAAUUAGAAGUAGAGCUGACACCUCAGGGCACGCUUGCAGAGCGGAUUCGUGCAGGUGGGGCUGGAGUUCCCGCAUUUUACACCAGCACCGGCUACGGGACCCUGGUGCAACAAGGAGGGGCACCGAUCAAAUACAACAAGGAUGGCAGCAUUGCCAUUGCCAGUAAGCCGAGAGAGGUGAGAGAGUUUAACGGUCAGCAUUUUAUUUUGGAGGAAGCAAUUACAGGAGAUUUUGCUUUGGUGAAAGCGUGGAAGGCAGACCAAGCAGGAAACGUGAUUUUCAGGAAAAGUGCAAGAAAUUUCAAUUUGCCAAUGUGCAAAGCUGCAGAGACCACAGUGGUAGAGGUUGAAGAAAUUGUGGAUAUUGGAUCAUUUGCCCCAGAAGACAUCCAUAUUCCUAAGAUCUAUGUACAUCGCCUUAUAAAGGGAGAAAAAUAUGAGAAAAGAAUUGAGCGUCUAUCAGUCCGGAAAGAGAAGGAUGUAAAAACCAAAUCUGAUAAACCUGGAGAUAAUGUAAGGGAACGUAUCAUCAAGCGGGCAGCUCUUGAAUUUGAGGACGGCAUGUAUGCUAAUUUGGGCAUAGGAAUCCCACUUCUGGCCAGCAACUUUAUCAGCCCAAAUAUCACAGUUCAUCUGCAAAGUGAAAAUGGAAUCCUGGGUUUGGGUCCGUAUCCACUACAAAAUGAAGUUGAUGCAGAUCUAAUCAAUGCAGGCAAGGAAACAGUUACUGUUCUUCCAGGAGCCUCUUACUUCUCCAGCGAUGAAUCAUUUGCGAUGAUUAGAGGGGGACAUGUCAAUCUAACAAUGCUAGGAGCAAUGCAGGUUUCCAAAUACGGUGACCUGGCUAACUGGAUGAUACCUGGGAAGAUGGUGAAAGGAAUGGGAGGGGCUAUGGAUCUAGUGUCCAGUGCGAAGACCAAAGUGGUGGUUACCAUGGAGCAUUCUGCAAAGGGAAAUGUACAUAAAAUCAUGGAGAAAUGUACAUUGCCACUGACUGGAAAGCAAUGUGUCAACCGCAUCAUUACUGAAAAGGCUGUGUUUGAUGUGGACAGCAAAAAAGGACUGACUCUGAUUGAACUCUGGGAAGGCCUGACCGUGGAUGACAUAAAAAAGAGCACUGGGUGUGAUUUUGCAGUUUCACCAAAACUCAUGCCAAUGCAGCAGAUCACAACUUGAAAUGUGAAAUAGAUGUUUGUCCCAGACUGUGUGUUUUUCAUUUUAAUCACAUAGGAUUUCAUUGAAAGGGUAUCAGUAAUCGUAAUUGUGUGUCUCAUGUAAUUUUUGUCUAGUUUUCUUCAAGCAUCUUCCACUGUCCUUAGCCAUAUAGACUUUGUUCUGUCAAGUGUGCUAUGACAUCUUAAUGAAAGGCAAAAAAAAUAUAUAUAUAUAUAUAUAUAUAUAAAUAAUUAUCUUAUUUGUUUUAUAAGUGCCAAGAAGGCUUAUCUUUAAAAUAGGUGCUCACAUUGGAUUUAUCUUUAUCUUUUGUGGUAGGUACAUUAAAUUGUACCAGGAUGGACCCUUA